GCUCUAUUCCCACCCCAGCUUCUCCCCCAAGCUUUUACUCUCUCUGUCUUCAAUGGCUCGGAACAAGGAGACCUUGCUAUUGUUGCUCGAUGUGGGUCCUUCAAUGCACGAUGUUCUUCCGGAAGUUGAAAAAGUCUGCUCCUUGCUAGUAGAGAAAAAGCUCAUAUACAAUAAAUCUGAUGAAGUGGGUCUUAUUUUAUUUGGAACUGAAGACACAAAAAAUGAGCUGACAAGGGAAGUGGGUGGGUAUGAACAUGUGGUGGUUUUACGAGAUACCAAAGUUGUUGAUGGAGAUCUUGUUGAAACUUUACAACACCUUCCUCGAGGAACUUUUAAUGGUGAUUUUCUUGAUGCUAUAAUUGUUGGGAUGGAUAUAUUGAUAAAAAGGUUUGGAAAAACAGACAAAAAAAGGAAACGCAUUUGCCUUAUAACAAAUGCACUAUGUCCUAUUAAAGACCCAUUUCAAGGAAGCAAAGAAGACCAAAUCAUCACCAUCGGUGAGCAAAUGGUUCAACAUGGCAUGGGAAUGGAAAGUAUAGUUGUGAGGGGAAGGCUUAGCGAGAAUGCAAAUAAGAGAGUAAUGGAUGAAAAUGAUCUUCUAUUGAAUAUAUUUUCGAAAACAACAUGUGCAAAGUUGGUGCAUGUUGAGAGUCCAAUAUCAUUGUUUGGUGCUCUAAGAACUCGAAAUAUUUCUCCAGUUACAAUAUUCAGGGGUGAUCUUGAAAUCAGCUCCAAAAUGAAGAUUAAGGUAUGGGUUUACAAGAAAACAUCAGAAGAGAAGUUUCCCACUCUGAAGAAAUAUUCUGACAAAGCACCUGCAACUGAUAAAUUUGCCACCCAUGAGGUCAAGGUAGAUUAUGAGUACAAAAAUGUUGAAGGUCCUAGUAGAGUUGUACCUCCAGAAGAAAGGAUUAAAGGAUAUCGUUAUGGACCUCAAGUAGUUCCUAUAGCACCUUCUGAAUGGGAUGCUGUCAAGUUCAAACCAGAGAAGAGUGUAAAACUUCUAGGAUUUACUGAUGCUUCCAACAUAAUGCGGCACUAUUACAUGAAAGAUGCCAAUGUUUUCAUUGCUGACCCGGGCAAUACAAGGGCAGUUCUUGCAGUUUCUGCCUUAGCAAGAGCAAUGAAGGAGAAAAAUAAGGUGGCUAUUGUGCGUUGUGUUUGGAGAAAUGGCCAAGGGAAUGUUGUUGUGGGGGUUCUGACACCCAACGUAUCUGAGAAGGAGAAUAUUCCUGAUUCGUUGUACUUUAAUGUGCUUCCCUUUGCUGAGGACGUUCGAGAAUUUCAGUUCCCCUCUUUCAACAAUUUACCAGCAUCAUGGCAGCCUAAUGAACAGCAGCAAGAGGCUGCAGAUAACUUGGUAAAGAUGCUUGACCUGGCACUACCUGGAAAAGAGGAAGCUCUGCAGCCUGACUUUACACCAAAUCCUCUUUUGGAGCGUUUCUAUCGUCAUCUUGAGUUGAAAUCAAAGCACCCAGAUGCAGCUGUACCUCCUCUUGAUGAAACCCUCAAGAAGAUAACUGAACCUGAUCCAGAACUACUUUCUCAAAACAAGUCUGUUAUUGAUGCAUUCCGCCGGAUUUUUGAACUCAAAGAGAAACCAAAGCUGAAGAAAUCAAAUCGACGAUUUUUGCGAGAAAACCCAUCUGGAUCGAACAAGGAAGAGGGUUACAGUGACAUUUCUGCUCAAUUGCUCAAUUCCAGUGAAAACACAUCUGCUGUUAAGGUUGAGAAAAUUGGGGAUUUGACCCCUGUCCAAGAUUUUGAAACCAUGAUGUCACGUAGAGAUGGUCCAGAAUGGGUUGGUAAAGCAAUCAAGGACUUGAAAAACAAAAUAUUUGAUAUGGUGGAGGACUCCCAUGAAGGGGACAAUUAUUCUAAAGCACUGGAAUGUCUAGUUGCCCUUCGCAAGGGUUGCAUCCUUGAGCAGGAACCAAAACAUUUCAACGAUUUCCUGCACCAUCUUUCUAACUUCUGCCGGGAGAAGGACCUUGAUAGUUUCUGUGAAUUUCUUGCAUCCAAAGAACUCACCCUGAUCUCCAAGACAGAAGCCAUUGACAGUGAAGUUAGUGAUGCUGAAGCUAGAAGUUUUUUGGUUAAAUUAAAGCCAAAAACUGAGGACUUGAGUGGAUAAUCCAGUGUCAGUCCUUGUAGUAUCCCCAUGUUGAUGCUGAUCACGGUUAUGUAUAGACACUCAAAAGUUUUGUUAGAUGAUGGGGAAUCGGGGAUUAUAUUGUAAAUGUUCCUUAAAUCUUCCAUUCUAGGAUCUGCUUCAACCAUGGAAGGAUGUUAUUGAAACACUAGUUUUCUGUUUUUUAUACAUAACGGGAGUCAUUGAAAACC